AUGUCUUCCUCCUCAACUUCUCUUCCGUCAAAUGCCAUCAAACUCGAUGGCACCAAUUAUCCUGUUUGGCUUGCCAAAGCUAUUCCCAUUUUACAAAGUCGAAACCUCACGGGUUAUGUGGACGGGACCAAGCCCUGCCCUGACUAUUAUCUCACUGAUGCUCAAGGAAAAAUAACCUUCACCGUUGAUCCCGCAUAUGACCGGUGGAUUAGAGAGGAUCGGAUGGUCCAAAGUUGGAUCAAUGCCUCGCUUGCUCCCUCUGUUUUAUCUGUUGUGGCGAACUCCACUACUGCACGGAACGCAUGGCUGUCUUUGGAGAAGCGCUACGCUUCUCAAUCUCACAACCCUAAUUCUGCCACUACAGCCGCCUUUGCCUUUGCCUCAGUACCUCCUCCAUCAGGACGCGGUGGUUCUCCUCGUUCGGGGUCAACAAGUUUUCGAGGUCGCCGGGUUGCACCCAGCGUUGGUGCUUCUAGUACUGCAUAUGAUAACCCUAGCGGAAAUGGUAAUGGUAAUGGAAAUGUCAGUUCUCCAUCUAGUUAUCACGUGUUCUUGAGUUUCAGAGGCGAAGACACUCGCAAGACUUUUUCUGACCACCUCUACACGGCCUUUGUGAAGGCCGGCCUUCGCACAUUCCGAGACGACGAUGAACUAAAGAGAGGAGAACAUAUUCAGCAGGAAGUUCUGAGAGCCAUCAAAGAGUCAAAAUGUUUUCUCAUUGUGUUCUCAAAGGAGUAUGCGUCUUCGCUUUGGUGCCUUGACGAGCUCGUGAUGAUCCUCGAUCGCAAGAGGAGCUCUAACUCUAGCCAUGUCGUUUUGCCAGUAUUUUAUGACGUCGAUCCAUCCCAAGUGCGAAAACAGACGGGGAGUUUUGCAACGGCGUUUGCCAGACAUGAAAUGCGUCACUCGUUGGAGACGACAAAGAGAUGGAGGGCAGCGCUUACAGAAGUUGCAAAUGUAGCCGGGAUGGUCUUACAAAACGAAGCUGAUGGGCAUGAGGCGAAGUUUAUCCAGAAAAUUGUUAAAGUGAUUGAAGAUAGGCUAAGUCGCACGCCAUUAAGUGCUGCGCCGCACUUGAUCGGAAUUGACUAUCGAGUCAAAAACAUUAAUCAGUGGUUACAAGAUCAAUCAACUGAUGUUGGCAUUCUGGCAAUUUAUGGGAUGCGUGGAACAGGGAAGACAACGGUUGCCAAAUUUGUUUACAAUUCAAACUUUAGAAGAUUUGAAGCAAGCAGUUUCCUUGAAAAUAUCAAAGGAAGUUCAGAACAACCCAAUGGCUUAGUUCAAGUACAAAAACAACUUCUUACUGAUAUUUUGGAUGGAAGAAAAGUGAGGGUAAACAGUGUAAGUGAGGGCAUAACUGAGGUUGAAGAUGCCAUUAGCUCUAAAAGAAUCCUUCUUGUUCUUGAUGAUGUGGAUCAUAUGGACAAAUUAUUGGAUCUACUACUUGGGAUGAAAGAUCGGUCUUCUCGAGGAAGUAAAAUCAUCAUAACAACUAGCAAUGUAGGGUUGUUAAGAUCUGAUCGUUACCAAGUUAUUAAGGUGCAUGACAUUGGAACUUUCAGGGACAGUGAAUCAUUAGAACUCUUUAGUUGGCAUGCUUUUGGAAAGGACCAUCCCAUUGAAGGUUACAAGGAAAUUUCAAAAAAGGUAGUAAACCACUGCGGAGGACUUCCCGUAGCUCUUAAAACUUUGGGUUCUUCUUUAUCAGGGCAAAGUAUGGUUGUAUGGAAAAGUGCAUUAGAGAAAUUGGAAGCUAUCCCAAAGGAUGAAAUCAUUAAGAAACUUAGAGUAAGCUAUGACUCUUUGCAAGAUGACCACGAUCGAGAUUUAUUCCUUCACAUCGCAUGCUUUUUCAUUGGAAUGGAAAAUGAUAUCAUGGUUAGAAUACUAGAUGGUUGUGGUUUCCAAACAAUUGUUGGCAUUCAAAAUCUCCUGGAUAGAUGUUUGAUAAGAAUUGACAGAUGUAACAAGGUGCAGAUGAAUCACAUGAUUCGUGACAUGGGAAGGGGAAUUGUUGGCUUAGAAUCCAAGCAGUCGGGGCAACGCAGUAGGUUAUGGCGUCAUAAGGAUUCUUUCGAAGUAUUGACAGAAAAUAGUGUAAGAAAUAUAUUCUUUUUGUAUCUGUAUGCUUUACUUUUUGUGCAUCCAUUUUGGUUACUUGGUACAGAAAAUAUUGAAGGUCUUAUUCUGGACAUGCGUAUGCACCCUGCAUAUAGUGCUCUUUCAAGAAGGUCAAAUGUUGAGGUAGUCUUGGAAGCCAAUGCAUUUGCAAAGAUGAACAAACUAAAGCUACUCCAACUUAGUCAUGUACAACUCGAAGGAAACUAUCAAGAAUUUCCUAAAGGAUUAAGAUGGUUGAGUUGGCAUCAAUCUCAGUUGGAAAUGUUACCCAUUGAUUUUCCAUUGAAGAGUUUGGUUGUUCUUGAAAUGUGCUAUAGCAGCUUGAGACGAUUUUGGAAUCAGAGAACUGAGUGUCUCCCAACAAUGAAGAUCCUAAAUCUCAGCCAUUCCCAUUAUCUUAAAGAAACCCCUGACUUUUCGUUUGUUCCCAAUCUAGAGGUUCUGAUUCUGAAAGACUGUCCAAGCUUAGUUGAUGUCCAUGAAUCCAUUGGAAAAAUAGAGACACUCACUGAGUUGAAUAUGGAAGAUUGCAAAAAUGUUAGGAAGCUGGACAUUUCUCAGCUAAGAUUCCUUGAAACACUUAUUAUUUCCGGUUGCUCAAAUCUUAACAAGUUUCCGAUGGACAUGAGGAAGAUGAAAUCUCUAAAAGUGUUUCAAGCAGAUCCAAUUCACCAAUUGCUCCAUACCGCAGAGGAUCCAGAGGUUGAACUAGGGCAAGAAAACAUUCCAGAAAUGUUUUGGACUUCUUACAUACCAAGCAACUUGGUAGAUUUAAGUCUUGGAAAUUGCAAUCUUUCUGAUGAUGAUUUUCCUGCGGCAUUUCGAAACCUGUCCUCAUUGCAAAACCUAAACCUAAGCGGCAACCCUAUUCGCAGCCUACCGGAUUGUAUUAGAGGUCUUAAGAAGCUCUAUACACUUUCUUUUUCUCAAUGCACAAGGCUCAAAUACCUUGUAAGGCUACCCAAGGUUGGAGAACAUAUUGUAAUAUCCGGAUGCACCUCAUUGGAGAAAAUAUCGUAUCAAUCGAUUUCCUAUCGACCCACCCGCUUUGUCAUUGGAUCCAACUGGAAGCUAGCUCUGCUUCAGGGCUGCUUCAAGUUUGAACCCAUUGAUGCAUUUGACGAUGCAGAAAUGAUCAACCUUCUGGGCUUGACCAACUGGGCAUCCAUGCGAAUUAUUACGGACACUACACAUGAUGCGCUUGUCAAUGCUGAGACUGAGAAGAAGCAGCAACCCAUCAAGGGACUGUAUGAAAAUGGUAUAUUCAGCACAUUUCUUCCCGGGGACCAGGUUCCAAAACAGUUCAGCCAUUAUAUGGACGGGCUCUCAGUAUCUUACACCGUGCCUUUACUUCCCAAUCUCAAGAUCCGAGGCUUGAACGUCUUCGCCGUCUAUACAAAAUCCAACACUCCUUCUAAGUACAAUUACACUAGGGAUUCAUCACUUAGACCUAUAAUGGGUCAAGUCGACAACAAGACCAGCCGCGUGGCAUGGACAUACGGCCCGUUGCACUACGGCGUCCCGAGCGAUGGAGAGGAUGUGACAUGGCUGAGCCAUUGGAGGUUCGGGGAUCAAGUGCGAGGGGGCGAUGAAGUAGAUUUUAAGGUAUUUCCAAAAGCGGAGAUUAGGGUAAAGAAAUGUGGCAUCCAGGUCGUGUACGAGCAAGGAGAGAAGAGGUGGAAGAGCUACACGGAGGACCCUUUUUUAUCCAAAUGUAAUUGCUGGAGAAGCGUCGGUGUAUGGGUUUAA